AUGCUUAUCAAGGCCGCCCUCAUGGCCCUUGGGGCCGCGGUUGUCGGUGCCGUGCCGCCUCUAGAAAUCAAGGGAACUGACUUCAUCAACCCUGAGACUGGCGACAAAUUCCAGAUUGUUGGUAUGGCCUACCAACCUGGAGGCAGUGCCGGUUACGAUCCUUCCAGCGGAAAAGAUCCUCUCAGCCACAAAGACGAAUGCAUGCGAGAUGCUGCUCUCAUGCAGAUUCUUGGUAUCAAUGCGAUCCGUGUUUACAACCUGGAUCCUAACAUCAACCACGAUGAGUGCGCUAGUAUUUUCAAUGCUGCCGGCAUGUAUAUGAUGAUUGAUGUCAACUCUCCUCUGCCUGGCGAGGCUCUUCACUCGGAGAAGCCAUGGGAGAGUUACUACACAGCCUACCUUAAUCGUACCUUUGCCAUCACCGAGGCGUUUGGUAACUACCCAAAUACUCUUCUAUUCUUCUCAGCCAACGAGGUCAUCAACAACCAGGCCACUGCUGAGUUUGCCCCUCAGUACAUCCGUGCUGUCACCCGCGAUCUCAAGAACUACAUCAAGAACAACUUGAAACGCCAAAUUCCCGUUGGCUAUUCUGCCGCUGAUGUCCGCGAUGUUCUGUGGGAUACGUGGAACUACCUUCAGUGCGCCGAUGCGGAGGACAAGGGUGAUAUGAGCCGUGCCGACCUCUUUGCGCUCAACUCCUACUCAUGGUGUGGACCCGAGGCCACCUUUGAGACUUCUUCUUACGACGAUCUUGUAGCUGGCUUCAACUCAACCUCUAUCCCUAUCUUUUUCAGUGAAUAUGGAUGCAACAAACCUCAACCCCGUUACUGGAAUGAGACUCAAGCCAUGUAUGGAGACGAAAUGACCCCGGUCUUCUCGGGUGGCGUCGUGUACGAGUAUACUGAGGAGGACAACAACUAUGGCCUCGUCAAGAUUACUGGAGACAAGCUUCGCAUUCUCGGAGAUUUCAACCGCCUCAAGAACCAGUUUGCUAGGAUCAACUGGAAGGAGGUCCAAUCUAAGCCUGCAAGCAAGAGCUCUCCGAAGGCCCCGGCCUGUAAGGCUAGCAUCAUUGAAGAUAGCGGUUUCGACAACAACUUUACUCUUCCAACUAUCCCUGACGAUGCCCAAAAGCUGGUCGAGAAUGGUAUUAAGAACAAGCCUAGCGGAAAGAUCAUCGAUAUCUCGGACUGGAACGUCAAGCUUGAUGUCAGUAACGCUGACGGCAGUGCUAUGAAGAACCUUAAGGUCAUUCCCCUGAAGGACGACGAGUCCAAUGCGUCCGGUAAGAACGAUGCAGACACAGGGAGCGAGACUACCGAUGACAACAACAGUACCAACACUGACAACAGCACCAACUCAAAUGGUGGAGAUGCCAAGGACGGAGAGGAUGAUGAAGACGCUGCUAUUCUCAACCGUCCUUUGGCUUGGGUUAUGGCCCUACCUUUGGCCGCCAUGGUGUUUGCGCUUUAG